UUUAUUAACCAAGAAAAAAAUAUGGAGAGACUUUUUCAGGCAGCUGAAUCUGAUGUAUUGCAUCCAGAUGAACUUCUUUUCAGAGAAUUAAACAAAGUUUUUACAAAGGGUCUUUCAAGGGUUGCACCGGAAGCUGUCAAAGCUUGUGUAAAAAUCUUCUCUACUCUUGCUGAGCAAGAAGAAAGUGUUGAUGUCAUGCUGGAAUAUAAAAACAAACAAAUUCUCCAUUCACUAUUAAAGAAUUUCAAUGAAGUUAAAAAGGAGAAGAACUUUGACAUAUUGGAAGAUAUUUUAGACAUGUUGCAUGUAAUAGUGGAAACAUCAGAAAAUGGUCAAAAGAGUUGCUUUCAACUUGUUGACUCACUUGUAUGUUUUAUCCUGCAUCAGGAAACCUGGAGCUUCUCCAUACAAGUUGAGUCUUCGAAACUUUUAAAUCUCUUUCUUGAAAACUGUGAUGACACAUCUAACAUGAAAGAAUCAGAUAAAAUUCAAGAAUUUAUAAAAAACUUUGGAAGUUCUAUAUCAAGUGCUGGAGAUUACGAAUUGCAAGCAACUAUUAUGGAAGCACUUUUUCGUGUUGUUACUGUUGAUGAAAAAAAAUCUUUAGCUCCAAGUUGGUUUUCUGGUGCAGAUUUAAUAAAUGCUUUUUUGGCGAUUAGAAAUGAAGAAUUUGAAACAGAUUGUCGGAGAUUUUUAAAUUUAUUGAAUAAUAGUAUGAAGGAGAAAAGAGUGUUUACAUUUGCAGUAGUAUGUGUUACAUUAGGAAGGUAUCAGCUUCAUCAACCUUGUGAUGGACGAGUGACAGAUUUUUGGCUUGAUUUUAAUUUGAGAAGUCAGUCAAUAUCAACCUUUGUGAAUGAUGACAGUUGUGACAAGGAAAAUGCAGAGUGGGAAAUGAUCUGUAUCAAGAAAGAUUUUGUGAAGGAUUUUCGAGUUAAUGUGACUGACGAGAAAACCAUUUUAUUAUUAAAGUUACAUGAACCUGCUUGUAACUUAGCACCAUUUUGUCCAGAUGCACCAGAACAUUAUGUGAAAAUUAUUUUUGAUUGUAAAUGUGAUAUUUCAAAUGCUGUUAAAAUGUUAUUUGGUGAAAUUAAAUAUGUCGAACUUCCAAUAUCAAGUCCAAGUGUUUCUUCUACUCCUUCAAGAUAUGGAAUUAAAAGAGUUUCAUCAGCAAUUUCACCUUUAACCGUUCACCAGACUUCAUCCCAGUCUUCUGAAGAUCAACAAAUUUCCGAUGAAACUGUUUCAUCAUCUUCUGCAGCAGUAGUCCCUAAUACCCUUAUUAGUAAUAAAUCUGAAAGUGCAGAUGAUGAAAAAGCAGAAAAAACUGUUAAUAAAAGUGUCGAAGCAGACGAAAAACCACCUCUUAUUGUUCCAGAAUCCCAGGAAAUUGUAGAAAGUACCACUGACGAGAAAAAGAAAGCAUCAAAGCACAACAAGAAUGUGAAUUCUAGACAAAAAGAAGAUAAUGUUGAUUUCCAAAUUGACUUACGUCAAACUCAAGAGUUAUCAAAAGAAGAAAAGAAGCCUUUGAAAUCUGAAUCUAAAAAGGGUAAGAAAUUGUUGAGUACAAACGUCAUUGUUUUCCAAGACUCCCCAGAUCUUAACUAUGAACCAAAACCAGUUGUAGCACCUUCAAAGAAGAAACAGCAGCAUAGAAAACCUUCGAAAAAGAAGACAAAAUCAAUUGGGAAAAGCAAUCAUUCAGAAAAAGAACUUGCUGCUUUUGAUUUCACCAUGACUGAAGAAGAAGAGGAAAAUAAAGAGCUGCCUUCUGACUCAUCAAUGUUAAAACCUUCAAGACAGGCUAACCCAAAGGCGAAAUCAAAAUCAAAGAAAAAAUCAAAUACAAACAAACAGAAAGAUAUAAAGACGACUUUGAAGGAAUCUCUUUCAUCAAAUGAUGAACAGGAUGAGUCUAAGUUGCAUUCUAAACCAAAAAGACCUACACGAGCAGCUAACAAAAAGGUUUUGUACACAGAACUUAACAGUGACACUGAGGAUUUCGAAGAAAGGAAAAACACUUCAGAUGUUGCAAAAGAGAUUGAAGUGGUAUCGUCUUUAAAGAAAAAUCGCAGUAAAGGAAGGAAGUCAGUUUCUUUUAUCUCACCUGUGGAGGAGACAUCAUAUUUUGAAGUCGAACCGGACUACAAUGAAACUGAGGCUGAACUUGAGAAUACAAAUAAUAUGGACGAAGUUAUUGAAAUUGAGUCAGGGAAUACCAGUAAAAACAUUGUUGAGUUUCCACCAGAUGACUCUCAAAGCGAAGUCACAGUGUUUGGAAAUGUUCUACUUCAAGAACAACAAAUUGAUCAAGAACCCUCACAGGAGAAGACAAAUGAACAAGCCUCUUCUUCAACUCAUGACAAUUUAAGCGAGAAGAGUGCAAAAUUGAAAAGUGGGAAAGCUGUUAAAAAAAGUGUCAAAACAAAAAGAAAAGAAGAGAUUUAUGAGAUUCUUCCCAAGAAAGAAGUCAAACCGUUUGAAAGGAAUCUUCAGAUAGGCUGGGGUAAAAAAGGUAAAUUACCUGCCAGUGAUGUAUAUGAUUUUCCAUCCAGUGACGAGGAUAGCCAAGUCAAUACAAAGAAAAAAAGAAGUAAAAAAGAAGAACCGACCUACAUGGAAACACCCUGGUCACAACAAAAAGCCAAAAAGAAAAGAGUGAAACAAAAAUAUAAUAUAAAUAAGAAAAAGACAUAUAAAAAUGAAGUGAAUUGUGUUGAUGAUGAGAGUGGAAGUGAAAAUAGUAGCCACAAGGAGGAAAGAAGUUAUUGCUGUGAGGGUAGUGAGGAGGAGAAGAAAGGUAGAAGAGUUAACAGUAAGAAAAUGAAAGAAAAACGUGUUAGAGAAAGACCUGAGAGGGCCAGAUCAGUGAAAACUGUGACUAGAAACUCUGUGAAUGAAAAGAAUUCACCUGCAGGUUCUUUCAGUCCUAAAGAGGAUGAGAUUGUUUCACCAAUUACCGAAAGCUUUGAAGUAGCUGAUGACAGAAGUUUGAGUUCUUCCAGCCAAGAGAGUACGAACAGUUCUAACAGAAAUAAGUCUUCUGAAAAUAAAAUAAAAAUUAAAAAAUCCACGCCAAGUUUUAACGGAUCUGUGAAGGGGAAAAGAAAAUCACCUCAAAGCAGUGUAGAAUCUUCGCAAGAACUCUCCAGCGUAGAGGGCUCGCAAGAACAGCAGUUCUUUAAUGAAACCCCAAUGACUGUUACAAGAAGUGGUGUGAAGAAAUGGGUGCAGGAUUUAAAUCAAGUCUUCGAAAAUAUUGAAGAAGCCACGUCGAAAAAGCCUAGAAAAAAACUCUGGAAAAGUCCUGUAGUGAUAUUAAACGAUGAACUCGAGAAAACUCUCAAUUCACCUACGACGCCUUCAUUGGACCCUGUUUCACCGCACCCAGCAUCUGCAUCGAACAGAAGCACGCCUAAACCACACACACCAAGUCAAGUGACACGAAAGUUGUUAAAGAAAGAAAUUCACAUGAAGUCAGUAAGUCCAGCACCAGUGAUGGAGGUAGACGGCGAUGAUGAUUUAAGUAACGGCGAUUUUGCUGACUUUUGUAAGAACAUUUUAAACCAAUCAAGUAAAGGUAGCUAUUGCAAUAUUGACAAUAAAUCUCACAAUUCACCGGUGGUAGAAGAACAACGAGCAGAAAUUGUGAAAUCUCCUGAGGUGAAGAAAAGAAAAUUACUUUCAAAGCCUCUUCAAAGAAAGCAGUAUGAAGUGGUGGAAGAUGAAGCACCAGCUAGAGUUGUAUUUGAAGAGAAAGUUAGUAAAGUUGGUAGAAGGCUGGAAGAAAGACUCAGUAGUUAUGUGUUAAGCAUAGGCGAGACACCUAACACCAGUUUGAUGGAUGAUCGAGCAAAUGUCUUGCCAACCCAAGAUAGUGUAGAUUUAGAUGAUGAAAACGUGCAACUAGAUUACCCGACCAUUGAUUCGCAUGAGAUUAUGAAGAAGUACAUGUGUAGCAGUCGAUGUAGUGAACAGAACAAUGAAGAAGAUGAAUCUGAUUCAGAUGAAUACAAUUCACAUCAUAAUCAAGUUGAUAUUUCUGCUGUACGUGAUACUGUAGGUGACGAGAUCCAUGAUGUAUUGAAAUCAUUCGGUGCGAAUAUAAACAAAACAUUAAACCAAAAGAGAAAUGGUAUCGACAAGUUUAUAUCCAAGGUGAACAAAUUGAUGGAAAGAAAAAUGCAUUCUGUGUGGAACGAUCAACGAGAGUUAAGACAAGAUGUUGAUUCUGUAUUUCAUGAAAGCUGGCUGAAAGAAUUAGAAGAAUGGUACAGUGGUUGUCAACAUAAAGAGAAAAAAUUAUCCAAUAUUCUAAGCCAACUUAAAGUUACGCUUGAAGAGCAAAGUGACGAUGACAAAAAGAGAAUCAAGCGCAUGAAGCAGACGCAUCAAAUGUAUUUCGAACAAAAGAAAAAAGUCAUACAGCAGGAACGGCAGUUACAGAAUGCUGUUCAGGAGAACUUACGUCACGAUAUUAAGAAGUUGAGAAAUCAAAUGUUACAUCAAUCGAAAUCGCUAGAGAUGGCAAAUAUUCGACGUUCACUGCAGUCGAUGCUGAACAACGUGUAAUCAACUCAAGAGUUGGGAGUUAUAUUUACAUUCUAUGCUUUAGAAUAUCUAAUCGAAGUUUUUCCGACAUAACAUUUUCUGCUAACUGCCAUAAUUCUAUGAGUUGAUCAGCUUAGUAUUUCUUAAACGCUGCCGGGUAAUUAAUCCUUUAGCAUUUAAAAAACAACUGCUCCUCGACAUCUGAAAAUGUGAAAGGCAGUGUUGGGCAUUAGUAAGGAUACUGAGUAUUUGAGUAUUCGAGAGUGUGUUUGUCUCGCUUAUUUGAUGCACAAUGUUUAUAUGUAAAUAGAGAAGUGUUGUGUUUGCUCUUUGUUGUAUGCAAUUGGUUGUUUUUACUAAUGUUAAUAGUUAAUAAAUUUUAAUAAAAUAUCUGUCAUUAAAAUAUGGUACGAUAGAUUAACCCGAAAACUUGGUAUUUAACCCGAGAUCCUGGUAAUUAACCCGAGAUCUUGGCAACUAGCCCGAUUUCGGGGUAAUUUAAUAUUUGGGUAAUUAACCUGGAUUCAAAAUUGAAUUCUUGACUUUAUCUUUUGUUUUUCGUUGUUUGAAAAUUACUAUUUAAUUUAUUAAUUGUUAGAAUUUUAUGUUAUCAGCAAUACGUUUUCAAUAUAUCACUGUAUAUACAACUAAUAAUUCUUUCGGCAUUCUCCUGAGCAUGACUCUUUCACGCUUUUUAUAAGAAUAACAAAGUUCUAACUAGGCUGGUCAUUAUUCUUAUUUUUACCUAUUGUUUUGACAUGAAAUCCCAGCCUGAUUUUCUUAUAAAGCUUAUUCUUAUAAAGAGCGUGCGUUGC